UGCUUCACUGCUGCUCCUGCUCCUGCUACAGACUGGAAAUGGCCGACGACACUGAAGCCAAGUGGGAAUCGGGGGCUCUGCAGGGAGCGGAUGGCGGAUGACGGGCGGUCGACACCGGGGAGUACGGAAGAGAGCCGGCAAGUGCGAGCGGCCAGCAAACGCAGAGCGUGCAGGACGUGCAGAAGAAUACCUGUGGGAGAGGGGAACAGUGUUCCGGAGGGUGAGCUGCAGGUUGGUCGGUUCCGUCUGCAGUGAUGGCACUUUCAGCAAGCCACAGGCAGUGGGAGGCAGGUCAGAUCGGAUCCUGUCUCCCUCUCUCUCCUCUGGCCCUGCACAAACAUUAUGUAUGGGCAAGUCGAGUCGGGCAAAUCCAUGCCGUGCUAUGAUCGACUCGGUCCGCGGCUGCAAACAGUCAGCAUUUACAACCUCCAUAUCGUGCAGCACCUACUUACCUACAGGGAUGGCCGAAGCCUUGUCGUCAAGCUGUAUGGGCAAUGCGCGAGCCCGAGCCGAUGCAGCCAAAGCCCAGGUGAUGAUGAUGUCUCGCGUGCAUCUCUACAUACCAUCUAGCAGAGGGCUCACUUGGAGGCCCGGGACUUUUGUGACAUGUGGCUUGAAUGGCUGCAGUGGUUAUGGUCCUUGCUCAUUCGAGAAAUGCGGGGGGGUGCGCGAGCGGCCUUGCAGCCAUGACCUGAUUUUACUUUCUUUUUACAAGCUCAGGACGGGAUGUGGUUACAAGGGGGAGAGGCUACUAGUAGUUUGACAAUUCCAGGCUCGAAUUGAAAGUGAUUGCAGGUGCGGAAACAGCAACCGUGAGCUCUCAGCAACUUCGCAGCCGCGGGUGGCACAUUGCGUUCAAGUUGCGGACACAUUCUCCUCCCGCGAUGGAUGGAAGUUAACAC